UGGACAAAUUGUCAAAGUACUGUAAUAACACUGAACAAAAAAUCUCAUGUUGAAACUUCGUGGAUGUAACGUAAACAAACGUGCAGUUACACCACAAACAGCACGUGAACAGUUCCUUCAUUUGACCGGAGGAUAAAAAAUAAAACAAAGUUAUGCUGCUAAAAUAAAAUGACUCGUUACACAUUUAGCAACAAGUGCGACUUGGUUCCCUGACAAAUUAGGAAGGUCGACACACAUUACCACAAUAAAAGUCCAUAAACUUCAGUAUCUACUGUACAUACUUCAACAGUUGUAACGUGUGAGCCGAGAACUGUGUCCUGCGGCUUUAUUUUCUUUCUGGCCUUCCCAUUGGUUAUAGCGGAGGUCCAUACGUAGGCGAGUGUCUCGUUACCAUAACAACGACAUAGCCACAGAUAGGCUAACAGCUAGCUGUGGGAGCAGUGUGUGAGUAAACAGCUUUAAAACAUCUUCAUCUGUUCAGUACAAGAAAUCUACUCCGGGACCGUGAAGCAGAUAAAGUGAUGAUGUCCAAUGACCUGGCUGGUGUUUGGGAGGUGGCGCUGAGUGAUGGAGUCCACAGGAUAGAGUUUGAACAUGGCACGACCACCGGGAAGAGGGUGAUCUACGUCGACGGAAAGGAAGUACUGAGACGGGACUGGAUGUUCAAACUGGUGGGAAAGGAGACGUUCAACGUGGGCCACUCAGAAACCAAAGCCACCAUCAACAUCGACGCGGUCAGCGGGUUUGCCUACGAGUACACGUUGGAAAUCAACGGCAAGAGUCUGAAGAAAUACAUGGAGAACAGGUCAAAGGUCACCAGCACCUGGGUGCUAAACCUGGAUGGAACCGACUGCAGAGUGGUCCUGGAGAAAGACACUAUGGACGUGUGGUGUAAUGGACAGAAAAUUGAAACUGCAGGCGAGUUUGUGGACGAUGGGACGGAGACGCAUUUCACGCUCGGACACCACAACUGCUGCGUUAAGGCCGUGAGCAGCGGGAAGCGGAGAGACGGCAUCGUCCACACGCUGCUGGUGGAUGGAACAGAGAUCGCCGAGUGCACGGAGUGACCACGACUUCAGCCUGCUGUCUUUGUGGGAGUCUUACAGCGACUCGGAGACAAAGAAAGUUGUUAACGUUACUGUAUCUCAAAGACUCAAAGCUGCGGCUUUUAAUUAUGAAUUCAAAUUUUGAAAGCUGU